CUGUCGCAUCCGUCCAGUCCUGUCUGCGUAGCUUUCUUUGGCGUGGCGGUGUACUACGACGAGUCAACACAUUCGCGUAGGGGUAUAAGAAUGGCAUUGCAGUAAAAGAGUCGGGAAAAUGUCCCUGGAACAUGCACAGACAGCCAGCCGCCAAAUGCAAGAAGGAAGGUUUCGAUCUGCAAGAGCCACUCUAGCCAAGGCUGAAGUGAGCGCUGUAAAUCACAAGGAGCAAAUCAGCUACCUUGCACAGCGAUACAACGCUGUGCAGGAACAUUACAUCCAGAAAGAAAAGGAGUUGACAAAAGCAAUAAGUGCCGUACAUGCAAAGGAGCGAUCGCUAGAAAGCCAAAAGGCUGCUGCACAGCUCAACCUCUACCACCAGGAAAAGAAACGGAACGAACAUAUAAGUGCCCUAGGGUCUGCUGAAUGUAAUCUUUCUGAAGCCAGAUGUAAAAGUAGAGAUGCAAACACAGGGAAGAUAGUCUCUGGAAUUGCAGCCGGAUUACUCACUCUGGCUACUUUUGGUGCUGCUGCUCCUUUGGUUGCUAUUCCAUUCGUUUUUGCAGAAUUAGAGAAAGAUGCCGAGAGAAAAGUUGAACAUUUCAAGAAUCAGAUUAGAAGCACUGAACGCAAAAUCCAAGAAGCCGAGAGAAGCAUAGUUACUUUGACUUCCGCCGCAGCGAAGCUCAAUGGAGAAAAAUCGGUCUACACAGGGCAACGAAACCGUCUACAGGAAGAGAAGGGGAAAAUAAAGCACACUAUUGUCUUCCUGCAAAGUGCUCUCUCUUAUGGAAGCCAGUACUCUUUAGCCACAGAGCACUGUAUUGACCGUACAGCUUCAACGGGAAAGUUGAUGAAGAAAGUUGAGGCUAGGGGGUACACUCUGUUCGAUUCCAAAGGCACAAAGCAUGUGCUUAACUCAUUUGAGGAGGCAGUGGAAAGUGUUUGAAGAUAUGACAGAGAAUGGAAGCCACUACAACUUUCAGAUGGAGUUUCAGUGCUCUUGGUGUGGUUAUGACUGCACACAGCUCCCUCACGUCAGCCAUGGCAGCCUCAUCUGCAAUGAAUGUCAGAUUUAAUCAUUUUAAACAUUGUACAGUACUGAUUAAUAUCGCAUUCUAAAAUUUGUCGUCGA